AUGCCGUCCAACGAGACGGAAGCUGAAGGCCGGUUACUCGCCUCCAACGAGACCAACGAGACCACCACGGAUCGACCACAACACCCUCGCCGCUCUUCGCCAACUACACCGCCGCGGACAUCGACGCGGCAGAGGCGGUCGCUUACACCCGCCACGGCUAUUACACGGGCAGGUGCCUCUUGCCCACUGAAGUGGAGGCGGUCUCGGAUUAUAUGGAGGCCUCGACCGCGGACUGCGAGCUGA